UCGCCACUUGGAGUAAUGCGUGAGCCGUCGCUGUUGGAUGGCGUCUCGCCACGCCGCUUGCAGAUCGUCAACUUCAACGAUUUGUUGGUUGUCCGUAAUUAUCACAGGCUUUCCAUGAGGUUAAUUGACCAAUGGAUGUCACAUCUUCGUCUAUUAACAAAUGGAAGCGGUAUACCUCACAAGCUGAUUAGUUCCAUGCCCAAUUGUCCAGUACAGGCCAGCACACCAGCGAUUAGUUGUUUAGUUUGUGCUUAAUAAAAAGGCUCUUCUAGAGACAACACACCACAUUAGCAUCAGGGAGUGAGUGAAAUCUCCAAUGUGAGCCAAGCACGAGGAGGACAAUUUUGUACGCGAGCGAAGCAGACAAGAACCUCAAGAAGAAGCAGCCGGAGAGUCACUGCCGCUGUUUGGCACACAGGAUCGGAUCAUUGGUUUGUUCUGAAGAAAUGUUCCACCGGUGCUUCUGCUGCGUCGCCGGCGAGUCCGAGCCGGAGCCGCCGGCCGCCACCAGCAGCCGUCGGAGGACAAAUCCGGCGAGGGCGUCCAAGAACCGGCCGAGCAUGGAGUACCCAUGGGAGACGUACACGCUCAAGGAGCUCCUGCAAGCCACCGGCAACUUCAGCGAGAGCAACAAGCUCGGCGAGGGCGGCUUCGGCACCGUCUACUGGGGCCGCACCUCCAAGGGCGUCGAGAUUGCUGUGAAGCGGCUGAAGGCGAUGACGGCGAAGGCGGAGAUGGAGUUCGCAGUGGAGGUGGAGAUCCUCGGCCGCGUCCGCCACCGGAACCUGCUCAGCCUCCGCGGCUUCUACGCCGGCGGCGACGAGCGCCUCAUCGUCUACGACUACAUGCCCAACCACAGCCUCCUCACCCACCUGCACCCUCACCGCGGCGCGCCCUCCUCCCAGAACAACCACGUCCCCCUCGAAUGGCCCCGCCGCGUCGCCAUCGCCGUCGGCGCCGCCGAAGGCCUCGCGUACUUGCACCACGAGGCGAGCCCGCACAUCAUCCACCGGGACAUCAAGGCGAGCAACGUGCUGCUCGACGCGGAGUUCGUACCCAAGGUCGCCGACUUCGGGUUCGCCAAGCUCAUCCCGGAUGGCGUGUCGCACCUGACGACGCGGGUGAAGGGGACGCUCGGCUACCUGGCGCCGGAGUACGCCAUGUGGGGGAAGGUCUCCGAGAGCUGCGACGUCUACAGCUUCGGCGUCCUCCUGCUGGAGCUCGCCAGCGCGCGCCGCCCGCUCGAGAAGCUGCCGGGCGGCGUCAAGCGCGAGAUCGUCCAGUGGGCGGCGCCGCUGGCGGAGCGCCGCAAGUGGGACCGCCUCGCCGACCCGCGCCUCGCCGGCCGCUUCGACGCCGUGCAGCUCCGCGCCAUCGUCGAGACGGCCAUGCUGUGCACGCAGAACAACGCCGAGAGCCGGCCGACGAUGGCAGCGGUGGUCGAGAUGCUCAGGUUCGCCGGCGGCGGCGGCGAGAGGCGCACCAAGGAGAUCGUCCCGGUGGCGACCGUGGCCGGCAGCAGCGGUGAGAUCACGGCGACUGACCAGGACGACGUCACCGCCGGCAGCAGCGAGCCGCUGGACAGGCGGAACUGGAAACUAACGAAGCUAAGGUGAUCGAUCCAUCCAUGGUUGCACCUUUGCCGCCACCAGCUGAUCGAUGCACGACCAAACAUAUUAUUGCAUGCGAUUAAUUAAGACACAUAUAAAUAUUGUUGGUAGCUAGAAUUUAGUUUGCGUUGUUAGCUAUAGCAAGCUAUCGAUCAAUGGUGGCGUUCGAUCGGUGGAAGAAAUCAAGAUAAUUUUUAAAGAUUUUGGCCUGCAAAUUUUUGUUUGAUUUGCAAGGGGUUGUGGUGUU